AUGGCUAAGAGAGCUUUGGGCGUGGGGCAGAAGAACAAAGAGAAAAAGAGAAGGCUGGAGACCGAAACGGCCAAGGAUUCGAAAGAUGUCACUCCGGGAGCCGAUCAGAUUAGCGUGGAAUUGGACGACAACGAGGAUCUUGAUAAUGAAUUUUCGCAGUUGAAGGGCCUAUGGCAGACUUAUUUCAAUUCGGACAGAGAGAGUGAUUACGUGGUGAACGGCGUAGUGCAUGAGUGCGAUAGAUUACUUCGCCAAUCGCAAGAAGACGCAGAGAUCAAGAAGAACCUAAACGACGAAUUCCAUGCUAUCUAUGCUUUGGCUCUGUCUGAGUUGACUGUCUUCAAGGCGGGCGAAGAUGAGGAUGACAAGAAGAACAGGAAGGUGGUGUCUGAAUUCUUUGAAAACGCUCUGGAAAGGUGCGAGCUGGGUCUGUCCGUGUUCAAAGACUCGCAGCUGCUGAAGUUGGUCUUGGCAAAGAUUGUCAUACAGAGAAUUCCCUUGGAGUACAUCUCGCGGUUGAAGGUCAACAGCAAGCCAGGCGCUCUGGGCGUGGAUAUCAGUGAACAGCUAGAAAAGGCGAAGGAGAACUUCAACGUCAACAAGGACUAUCUGGAGCUUUCUUUCGAAGUUCUGCAGAUGUUUGACGAUCUCCUGGACAUUGUGGAAAACUUUGGCCACGAAAAUGACAUAGACGAAGGCUUGGACAGUGACCAGGACGAGGAGCUAGAGCGGGUGGAGCUGUCUCCAAAGCAUCCGCUGUACAAGUUGCAGCAAAAUCUGUCCGAGAACUACCAAUGGCUGAGAGAUGAGAUGAUCCGGUUACUGGGCGCCACGGAUGACAAGAAAUUCGAGAAGCUGUAUCGCAACAUUGCAAGAUCGGCUGGCCAUCUGCUUUUGAAGGCGGCUGAGGAACCAACGAGCGUUUUCAUGCACUUGCAGUACGGGGAAGGCGAGCAAGCGUCCAAGGACGGCGAGAAAUGUAAGACGGCCCAACAGGAAGCGCUGAAGAACACGAAAGACGCAUUGAAGUACCUGGAAAAGGCUCAAGUUGAGGACGAGCCUGAAACAUGGGUUGAAGUCGCGGAGGCCUACAUCGAUCUGGGUAAUUUGUACGAUUACCAGUCCAAGGACCAAGAGAACUCCUACCGCAUCGCGGAGGAUAUUUUGAAAAAGGCCAACAAAGCCUCGCACGGCAAAUUUCAGGACAUCUUGGACAACCUGUUGGACAAGGAUUGA